UAUAAUAAAAUAAUAAUAAAACAAAUCUCAUUAAUAUUUGAACUGAUAUUUGAUGCUAAAUAUUCGAGAAUCACAACCCAUUUAAAAAGAAAACAACCAGGGAUUUGAUACUCCUCCGUUAACCCUAAGAAAAAGAAAAAUAUAACCAAUCAAUAAAAACCCUAAGAAAAUUGUAAAGUGUCAAAUUCACCAUUUCUUCUUUCCUUGUGUUCUUCCGAUAGACCUCCCAUCAGAUUAGAAAACGAUGAUCCAAACCAAAUUCUUCCCCAAAUGGCUUCUUCCAAGAAACCCAUCAAAACCCACUUCUUCAUUUUCUUCAAAAUCCCAUUACAACCAACCCAUUAUUUCUCCUUCUUCUCCUUCUCCGAUCGUCAACCCAAUUCUCCUUCAACCUCGUGUGGUGGUUUACGACGGAGUCUGCCACCUCUGCCAUCAAGGAGUGAAAUGGGUAAUCAAAUUAGACAAACACAGAAAAAUCAAGUUUUGUUGCCUUCAAUCUGAGACAGCCCAGCCCUAUUUGAGCCUAUGUGGACUCAAUCGAGACGAUGUUCUUCGUCGAUUUCUCUUCGUGGAAGGUCCUGGUGUGUUUCAUCAAGGCUCUAAUGCUGCUCUUAGAGUGGUUUCUUACUUGCCUUUUCCUUACUCUGCUUUGAGUGGUUUUAGGGUUUUUCCGACUACAAUUAGGGAUUCUAUGUAUGAUUAUGUUGCGAAACGAAGGUAUGAAUGGUUUGGGAAGGAGAAUGAUUGUUUGGUUUUGGGAGAGAAGGAAAUGCUCAAACGAUUUAUUGAUAGAGAUGAAAUUUUGGGUCAGUUCUAAUUGAUAUUGAAAAUGUUAAAAUUGAAUCUUUUUGUGUGUUUCUCUGUUUCUAUAUAUAUAAUAUAUAUAUAUAUAUAGUCAUACAGAUAUGUAUAUACAAUUCUUCUUUUUCAUGAGUUGCAUUCUGUCAUUUUGGUAAGGAAAAGAAAAACUUGAAUUUCAAAUGUUGAAUGAAUCUUUUGAUAGCAAGCUUAAUGGGUUGGUUCGUUGGGAUUAGACAACUAUGAUUGGAGUGUUGAUGAAGAUCUCAUCAGUUCCUUUAGAAAACUUUCAGUGGAUAGUAUCUGUAAUCAGGACAAUCUCAUUUUCCUAUGUUCCUUCGCUAGAAGUAUUUGGUAGUUGUUGAAUUAAUGGAUUUUUCAACUCAGAGAGUAUGCUAUCAUUUGUGGUAUGUUAUGCUUAGAAAUUAGGCUUUCCAUGAUGAGAAGAGAAGGUAAUCUGAUCAUCUGCAACCUUGGCCUUCAAGAUUCAAAGCUCUAUCAUUGACACUGAGUUCAGUGGUGUUACCGACUCGCAGCGAUUGGAUUGUCGUUUGAUGCACUUGCAAUGAAAAAUUCUCGAAUUCUUCCAUCAGAACAGCAGAUGCGAGUUUUCGCAACAACUCCAACCGAAUAUCGCAAGGUACUUAAUACAAAGAUGAACCUCACUGUGGUUGUAUUCACUCUGAAACUCUGAUAUCCUUAAAUUUAUACAUAGAAGAGUGACUGGAAAAUCUUCAUGUCAAUUUGAUUUUUGCAAAAUUUUAUGUUGGCAUCUUAAAUCUACUGAUGUUUGCUGAAAUUCACUUUUGUGCAACCCAAUCACAUAUGGCUUGCUAUACUUCUAAAAUAAUAAAUCUAUACCUUAUUUUUUCGAGUAAUUGUUAGGGUUGAUGAUAGAUGACAUUAUACCUAUUCAUUUGUCUUAGGUGAUACUUGCUACAAAUAUUGCUAAGACGUCCGUAACUAUUCCUGGAAUUAAGUAUGUUAUAGAUCCAGGUUUGGUGAAAGCACGAUCGUAUGAUCCAAAGCAAGGACUGGAAUCUUUGACUGUUGUACCGAUUUCAAAGGCGCAGGCUCUUCAAAAGAGGUAUGAAUGCUGAGGGACAGUAUACUUUGUGUACGCUCAAUAUGGUAUUUAAUUUUCUUACACUUAAUAGGGUUUAUUUGACAAUCACAAAAUAAAGCAUAAGUUAGUUUGAAAUUGCUUAUUAAGCUUAUACUGAUACCCUGUUUAGAACCCAACAAUCUGUCACAUC